AUGACAAGCCCAAGGGAAGGGGGGGCAAGGACAAAGGAGAAAGGCAAAGGGGGGGGAAGGGCACAAGCCAGGGGGAAGGCGGAGAACACCCAGACGGGAGAAGGGAAGAAGAGGAAGAGGAACGGACAGGGAAAAGAGGCGCACAAGGAAAAAGACGAGGGGAACGAGGAGGGGAGGAAAGGGAAGGAAGAGGGGGAAAGCCCAAAGAGACAAAGACCACGGCAGAGCGAAGCAGAGAAGCCAGGCGACACCAAACAGAGAGAGGCCACGCAACGGGAAAACCAGAGGAAGAGCAGAGGAAGGGGGGAAGCCAGGGACAGGGAGAGGAAAGCGCCAGCAAACGGCGAGCGGAGCCGGGCGGACAGCGGGGCAGAAGAGAAGAGAAGAGCGCGGACAAAAGAGACAAGAGGGCAAAAAGGAGAGCGGCGCGGGCCAACGGACAGAGGCGCAGGACCAGCGAGAAAAGGAGGAAGAGAGGAAGACGGGAAGAAGAGAGAAAGACAGGAACGCACGAACAAGAGAGCAGAAAAGGCGAAGCAGCAAAGGAGAGCGAAGAGAGCAAGGAAGCGGAAAGAGCAGAGAGCAAAAAGCGCAGGGGGGACAGAGCAGACCAAAAAGCGGCAAGGGAGAAGGGAGAAAAGAAAAAGAACGCAGAGAGCGGCAAAAGAGAAAGAGGCGGAGAGGGCGGAAACAGAGCAAAGCAGAGCAAAAAGAGCAAGGGCGGGACGGGAGAGAGGCAAAGAGAGAAAACACGCAGAGCGAGCAAGAGAAAGCAGGCCAGAGGGGGAGCGGCAGCAAAGAGACCGGCGCAGCAGGGAAGAGCAGCGACAGAGGCGCAGAAGGGGGAAAGCCAGGCGACAAAGGGGGGGAAGGGGAGGAAGCGGGCAGAGCGCGCGGGAGGGAGGAGGAAGAAAGAGGGAGCGCAAAAGCGAGGAGGCGCACGGGAGAAAGGGAGGAGGGGAAAAGGGCGGAGGCAGGGACACGGAGCGGCGGGACACGAGGAAAGGGGGGAAGGGAGGGCCACGGGCCGAGAGAAAGAGGAAAAGCAAGACGGCGGGGGGAGAGCCCGGAGGCGCCACAGGACGGACAAAAGCCAAACCGGAAGGGACAGCGGACGAGAGAACGCGGAAGAAGCGGGACAAGAGGGCCAAGGAGAGGCGAGGCAAAGCCGGGGAGGAGACAAGAGGGCCGAAGAGCCGAAAGGGGGCGACGGCCAAAGAAAGAGGGGAAACGCGCAGCAAGAGGGGCGAAGGAGCAGGAACAAGAAAAAGACAAGAAGCGCACAAGCGCCAGGAAGAAGGGGGAAGAGGGCAAAAGGCGCGCAAAGGAAAGGGGGGCAGACAGGGAAGCGCGAAGGAGCAAAGGGCGGGGAGAGAGGAGGGAGCGGGGCAAAAAGAGGAGCCAAAAAGAAAGGAAGCGCAAAAGCCGACGAGGCGGACCAGCGGCAGGGGAGAGGAAGGGGACGGCGAGGCGCGAGCACCGAGAGCGAAGAAGGGGGGCAACAGACAAAGGAGGGAGGGAGCGAAAAGCAGAGGAGGGCGAAAGGAAGGCCAAAGAGGAGGAGGGGCAGGAAGCGCGAAAGGCGGCGCGAAGGGGGCCGAACAACCGGCAACCGCCAGGGCAGGAGAAAAGAAGGGGGAGGGGAGGACGGACGAACAAGGGGCGCGGGGGGCAAAAAGGGAGAAGGGGAGGCGAAAAGGAGACAACAAAAAGGGCGGCGCGGGGAAAAGGCAGCGCGCGCAGAACACAAGAAGAAAAAGGCGAAGAAAAGAAGGAGGGGGGCGACAAGGGCCGCAAACCCGGACAGGGGAAAAGAAAGGGGCCGGAGCGAGCGGGAGCAAGGAGCAAGGCCAAAAAGGGGGAAGCGACGCCGAACAAAGCCGAAAGCAAAAGGGGCAAGCGCGACAAAAGAAAAGCGCGCGGGAGCAACGAACCAAACGAAAAGGAGGAGGCGGAGGAGGCAGCAGCAAGCGAGGAAAGGGCAGGGGCGGAGGAGGAGACGGCGCGAAGAGGCAAGGCAAGGGAGGGGAGGACAAGGGAAGAGGGGCGGAGGGCGCGGGACGCAGAGGAAGAAGAGGGAACAGCGAAGGCGGGCAAGGCGGGGAAGGCGGCGGGGGCGCGGAAGCGAGGGACAAGCGAAGGCGAGAAGGGCAAGAGAGGAGGCGCACGCAGCCGCAACGCAAGGAGCGCAAGAAGAGGCGAAGGCGGGAAAAAGAAGAAAGGAAGAAAAAAGGGCCAAGAGGCGGGACGGGAAGGGAGGAAAGGGAAGAAGGAAAAGAGGCAGCGGCAAGAAGAGGGGAAAGCAAGAGAGGGGAGAGAACAGAAGCGGAGAGCGACGAGGGCGACGGGCACGAAGGCGGCGAAAAGGAGAGAGAAAAGGGGGAGCAGGCAAAAGCCAGCAGGAGAGAGAACCGGAAGGGGGAGGACGCCACAGGGGCGCAAACCCCGCAAAAGCGGACGAAGGCGACGACGACGGGAAAGAAGAAAGGGCAAGGGGGGAAAAGGGGGAAAAGGCAGAAGAGCACAAGGAGACAAGGACGGGGCGAGCAAAGCAAAGGCAAAGGGGAAGGGGAAAGGCCGAAACAAGGCGAGACGACGGCAAAAGCAACAAAAAGCGACAAGCAAAGAGAGGCCAAAGAGGCAAGGGCAAAAAGAGGCAGAGAAAAGAGGGAAGCGGGCGAGAAAGAAAGGGGGGAGAGGGAGCCCACGCAAAAAGAGGGGGGGCAAGAGAGGGAAGGCGGGGAGAGACCAAAGCAACCAGGCGCGGCCCAGGGGCCAAAAGAGAAAAAGAAGGGCAAAACCCGGCGCCAAAAGAGGGGCGAAAGGGAGGGAGGAGGAGCGGGGCGCGAAGGGGGACAAAGCGCCGCAGCGGAAGGCAAGAAGAGCAAGGGGGGGGGGGGACCAAAAAGCACGAACAGGAAAGGACCCAAGCAAGGAGGGGGACCGAAAAGGAAGGAAGCGGGGGGCAGGAGGGGGGGACAGCGAGAGGGGGGGCGCACGCCACAGGACGAGAAAGAAAGCAGAGCGAGGGAAGGGCAAAGAAAGCGAGGGACCAAAAGGAGAGGCGGAGGAAAGCAAAAGGAGGGAAGGACAAAAGGAGGGGGCACGAGCAAGAAAAAGGGGGGAAGAGGGAAGAGGGGGCGGGCGGGGAAGGAGGAAAAGGGAAGGGGGGGAGCACGAGGCAAGGGGGGGAGAAAGGCGAGCGGGGAGAAGGGGCGAAAGAGAAGGGGCCGAAGCAAAAAGGAGCGCACAAAGGAGAGGGGCGGGCGGGAAAAAGGACGAAAGAAGAGGGAGAGGGGGGAGGGGAGCACAAGCAAAGAGGCAGGGGGCGGAAGGGCCAGAAAGGCGAAGGAAGCGAAGGGGGAAGGGCACAGAAAGCGCAACCACGGAAACGGCAAGACGAGCAAGCAGCGGGCAAAGAAGAAGCGAGGAGAAGGCGGGCCAGAGAGGAGCGGCAAGAAGGACCAAGGGGGGAGGCAGGCCAACGCGGAAAGCAAAGCAAAGCAGCAGGCAAAGCAAAGACACACGAGGCAACGGCAAGACCGCGAAGCGGACGACAGAGGGACGGAGGGGACCGGGGGAGCCAAGAAGGGGAAGGGGGAAGAAAGAGACGCGCGGGGGGGGGGAGGAGGGGCAGGGACACGGGGACCGGGGGCGCAAGAAGAAAAAGGAAGGGGAGCAAGGGCGACCGAAGCGGGGGAAGCAACGACAAAAGGAGAAAGAAGGGCAAAGAGCAAAAAGACGAACGGAGCGCGGAACCGAGGGCGGGAAGGGAGGGAGACAAGCGGGGGCAAGGCACAGGGAAGGGCGCAGCAAGGAGCGGCCGCAAGAACACCGCAACAAAACGGGGGGGGGGCCGAAAGAAGAAACCGGAACGCGCAAAGAAGCCGCACGAGGGAGGAGGAGGGCGGCCGGGCGCCCGAAACGGCGAGGGGGCGGAAGCGUAGCAACACGGCGGGGGACACGCCAAAAGCGAAGCAGGAGCCAGAAGCAGGCACAAGAAGACGCCCAGAGGAGCGGAGAAAGGGAGAAAACCAAAGAGGGGGGAGGGGCAGAGGGGGGGGAGGCAAAGGGGGAGGCAGAGGAAGGAGAAAGGGCAGCGAAAAGCGGGGAGGAGCGGGCAGAGGAAGGAAGGGGGCGAGGAGAGGCAGCGACCAGCAAGGCAGGCAGAGGGGGAAGAAAAGAGCAAGGGGGGGGGAAGAAGCCAGACACGGGGGAGGGGAGGAAAAAGCACAGAGCAAGAAGGAGGCACGGGACGAAGAAAGGGCACAAAAGGGGAACAAGGGGCAGAGGGAGGGGGGGAGACGAAGGAGACGGGGGAAGAGGAGGGGGGGCAGGGAAGGGAGGAGGGGGAAAGGAAGGCGCGAGAAAAGCCCAGCCCGCAGCCAGAAGAAGGGGGAAAGGCGGGGAAGAAGAAGGGGGGAGGGAGGCCGCACGGGGAGAAGGAGAGGCAGGACAAGGGGGGGAGCCAAGGAGGGAGCAAGGGAGGGGAAGGGGGGGAAGCAAGGCAAGAAGAGGAAGGGAGGAAAGGCGAACCAACACGGCCAAAGGACACAACAAAGGGAGCCACCCAGGACCAGGCACCCAGGGCAACCAGAGGGAAGAGGGCGCAAAAAGCACCCGCCAGAAGGAAGGAGGGGGAAGAGCAGGAAGGCGGGAAAACAAGAGCAGCGACCAGGGAAGCAGGGGGCACGGGGAGCGAGCGCAGAGGGAACCAAAAGAAGGGACGAAGCGCGCAAGGAGCCGCGAGGGGAGAAAGGCGAGGCAAGAGGAGCGCGAGCAAGGCAAAAGAAAGGAGGGGGGGAACGGGGGCCAAGACCGGCGAACCACAAGGGGGAGGAACCAAAGGGGGCGGCCGGAACAAAGCAAACGAAGAAGGCGGGAGGGGGAGGAAGAAAGCAAGGCGCGGGGCAAAAGGAGACGCGCAAGAAGAAGGAAGAGAGGGGGAGGAAACGGGGCACCGGGGGCCCGACGGGAAGCAAGCAGAAGGGCCGAGCCGACGCCGCACACAAAGAGGGCACCGGGGAGCAAAGGGACGGGGAAAAGCGCAGGCGGGAAGGGGCGACGCGAAGAAGAAGGGGAGGGCCGAACAACCCCCAGGGGGGAGGGAAAAGGCGAAGGGGAGAAAGGCGACAAACGGAAAAAGGCAGGGAGGGGGGGAAACAAGCACCGCGAGCGGGGGAGGAGACGGGGGCAAGGGGCGGGAGAAGCGGGGGAGGCACCAAAGGCCGGGGGGACAAAACGCGAGGGAGAAGGCAAGAGGGGGAGCAGAGGGAGGAGGGCAAAGAGAGGGGGAGGAGAGGAGGGGGGGAAGCACGAACAAGGCGGGGGGGAGAAAGGGGCGAAGCGGAGGCAGAAGAAAGGCGAAAGAGCAGGAGGGGGGGAAGGGAAGGACGGCGGGGGCGGACAAGGCAAACAACGGAAAGAAGGAGGAGGCAGCAAGCAAGCAAAGGACACCCGCGACGGGAGAAAGAAGGGGGGCCGGGAGGGAAAAGCAGCGAGCAAAAGGCCAAGGAGCACAGCAAGAAGGCGAGACAAAGAGGAAGAGGGAAAGGAGGGCGAGCAAACAAAAGAGAGAGGAAGGAGGGGGCACGGCGAGAGCGGACGGACACGGCCGAGAAAAGGCGGCAAGCGGGAAAAGACGGCGGGACGGGGGAGGGCGGCACCGACAACGACGGGGGAACCGGGGAAGAAGAGGGAGCCGAAGGCGAGCGACAGGCAGGCGGGGAAAAAGGACGCGAGCAAAGCGAGAGGGGGAGGAGCAGAAGGGGCAAGAACGGAGAGGACAGACACAAGGGCGGCAAGGGGCCGGAAGCGCAGAGAAGGCCAGAAGCGCACAGCGAGGGGGGGCAAAAGGGGGGGAACGAGAGGCGGGGGCCGACGGCGCCAAGGGGCGCGGAGGGAGCCGCGCAGAAGAAGGGAGGGAAGGGGGAAGAGGAGAGGGGGGGGGACAGGAGGGACAAGAGGCGGGAACACAAACGGGGAAGGACGGAAGAGGGGACCGCAGCAACAGGGGGCCGGAGGGACGGAAGGAGGAAAGGAAGAAAAGGCAAAGGGGCAAAAGGGAGCGACAGGAAGAGGGGGAGGGGGGCAGGCGGCCAAACCAAGGAAGAAACCGGGGGGGGGGAGCGGGCGAGCAAAAGGGGGGAGAGGGGCGCAGCAGGGGAGAACGGCGAAGGAAGAAGACAAGGCCAAGGAGAAAACACAAAAAGAGGGGAAGGACAGAGCGACGCGGCAGAAAAGGCAGCCCGAAGGGGGGAAAAAGGGCAAGCCAGAGAAGAGGACAAGAAGGGGGGAGGGCGACAAGGGCAAAAACACCGCAAAGGGCCAGACCAGAGAAACAGCAAAGCAAGCGCAGACCGCAAGGAAGCAAAGGGGAGCAAGCAAGCGAGCAGGAAGAGAGCAAGAAGCCAGCAGGACGGCGAGGGCAGGGGGGCCACGCAAAGAGGCCGAACCGAAACAGGGGGGCCGAAGGAGGGGACGAGACAACAAGAAGGGAAGGGGCAGGAGGGGAGGGGCAAAGGGCGAAGGAGCGACAAAGAAGACGCGCGAGGCAAGCGGCAGCCGAAGGAAGGGCAGGACCGAGAGGGGGGACGCAGCGCGCAGGCAAGAGGAGCCGGAAGCGGGGAAGAAGGAAGAAGGGGGCAAACGGGGAGAGAAGGGAAACGGGAAAGAGAGCAGGCGGGCAGGGCAAAAAGCACCCCAGAGGGGAGACGGAGGGAAGAGGGGCCGGGGAAGGGGGCGGAACGAACGGGAGGCGAGAGGCACGCAACAGGGAGGGAAAGCAAGGGGAGCACAGGAAGCGACACGAAAAGGCAGCCAGACAAAAAGGAAAAGCACCAAGAAAAGGAGGAAGGACGGCGCAAGACCGGGAGCCGAACAAGAAAGACAGAAGGAAAGAGCACGGCAGGGAGCGCGACAAAGGGCAGGCGAGGACACACAGCAGGAGCCAGGGAAGACAGCGCGGGGGAGAAGGAAAGGUGGGAGGAAAGAACGGAAGGGACGGCACGCAGGGAGGGACCAAGCAGGAGCACGGAAAAGCAGAGGGACAGACCGGGGAAAGGCCAGGAGGCGGCGGGAGGAGAGCGGAGGGACCCCCACAACAAGGAAGGGGAAGCGGGAGGGCAAGGAACAACGGGGGGAGCGAAGGAAGCGAAGGGGCAGGACGAGAAGAAGGAAGAGAACAAGGGGCAGAAGAAAGAAGAAGAGAGAGACCAGGGGAAGGGGCCAGGAGAAGGGGCGACGGAGAGGAGACGGACAAAGCACAGAGGAGGGAGCCAGGGGAGGGCCAGGACACCAGACCGAGGCGACCAGGCCGACCAGGGACCCGGGGCGAGAAAAGGAAGAGGGAGGGGCAGACAACGACACAGAGAACAGAAGGCGGAGAAGAAGAAAGGGGGGAGCGCAAGCAAGAAGCCGAAGCACCGGAAGAAGAAGGGAGGCAACGGAGGGAGACAGGGGCGCACAGAGCCGAAGAGAAGGCCAGGCGGAGCCCCGCAAAACGGGGGGCAGAGGAAGGAGCAAGAAGAGGGCAGAGGGGCAGCCGGAGGGGCCAAAGGGCCGAAGCCAGGGAGGGGGGGGGCAAACAAGGGGAGAAAAAGGGGGGGAACAAAAGCCAAAAGAGGAACAACAACACACGGAGACACGAGGCAAGCGGAAGGAAGAAGGGAGCAGCAAAAGAGGGGAAGACCCAGAGGGACAAAGCAGAAAGAAGGCGGGAAAGGAGAAGGGACAAAAGGCGGACGGGAAGGGAGGCAACGCAGGAAGAAGGAACGAGAAGCAGCGGAAAAGAGGCACAACGAACGCCACGGGCGACAAAGGCAAGGCGAGGAGCAAAAGAAAAAGAAGGCAAGAGGCGGGGAGGAGCGGGGCGAAAAAGGAAGGCACAAGGGGCGGGGGAGGGGGGCGAGAAAACCAGGGGGAAACGCAGCGGGGCGGGGGCAAAGAAAAGGGAGCAAAAAGAGGAGGGGCAAAGACGGAAAGCCAAGGACGGAGGAGAGGGGGGCAGGAGCAAAAGGGGGAAGGGGGAGGAAGAAAGGGGAAGGGGGGAGAGGGGAGGGGGAGAGCCCCAAGGGGAGGGAGAGGGCGAGGAGAGGCGGAGACCAGGAGCGGGAAAGGAGGGAAGGAGAAAAGAGAAAAACAGAGGAAGAGGCAGGAAAAGGAAAGAAGAGAGAAAGCCGAAAAGCAAGAAGGGCGGGAGAAAAGGACAAAGGAAGAAGAAGAGGAAGGAGAAGAGGCACGGCAAGGCGACGCAAAGAAGAGAGCCAGAAGAAGGGGCGGGAAGAAAAGGAAGAGGGGAAGAAGGCAGGAAAGGGACGGGGAGAGCAAGCAGCGAGGGAAAGAAAGAGGACAGCAAAGGGGAGGGUGAGGGGAGAUGGGAAACCAAGAAGCGGAGGCGAAGGGGGAAAAAGGCGGGAUGGAGGAGGGCCCGAAAAAGGGCGUCAAGGUGGAAGCGGCAGCAACAAGGGUACUGAGAUAACAAGGGCAGGGAUGCCAAGGCAAAGAAAGUGA